UAUGGUUUCAUCGGACCAAACGGCUCUGGCAAGUCGACGCUCUUGCGGGCCAUUGGUGAACACCGCAUCCAGAAUCUACCUCCCGACCUCCGCACACUCUUCAUUGACCAGGAGGCAACCUUUGUGAACUGCCCUCUUGUGGACUUUGUCGUACAGGGAGAUGCUGACCUCGUGCGCAUUCGCCGCCAAAUCCAAAAUGUGCAGGAUGGGCUUGAGCAAGCCAGUGGCGAUAAACUCUCUCAACUCAUGGAUGAGCUCGAGCUUAUGGAUGGUGUGGGCCAAGCCCCAGAGGAUCGUGCGCGUGCUGUGCUUCGGGACUACGGUUUUUCGACAGCCAUGCUGUCCACGAAUCUGCAUGAGCUCUCCGGAGGCUGGCGCAUGCGUGCAGCGCUGGCACGAGCCACCUUCAAUCCGCCUGAAAUACUUCUGCUGGACGAACCAACCAAUCACCUUGACCUUGAGGGCAUUGAGGAGCUGGAACAACGCCUUGAGCAACUGACGUGCUGUGUUCUAGUUGUGUCGCAUGACAAAAUGUUCCUUGACCACGUGUGCACGGAUAUCGUACAUCUCAAAGAUCGCUCGCUCCACUAUUUCCACGGAAACUUGACCGCUUAUCAGAACCACUGUGAGGAGACGUUUCGAAAACAGUUGCGACAAUACGAGUUGCAAGAGCAACGUCGCGAGCAUUAUCAAAAAACCAUUGACCAUGCCGUGCAGCACGCUCGGCGUACCGGUGACGACAAGGCGUUGGGUCUCGCGGCAUCGCGCAAGAAGAAGCUGACCGAACGACUGGGCCCCGAUAAGCGUGAGGAUGGCAAGAAAACGCCCAAUGUGGCAGCGCAAGGCUCGGCCCACGUCGUACUUGACACCGUCGCCUUUGCGUAUGCGCAGGACGCCCCGCUGAUUCUCAAUAAUGUCUCAUUGCGCGUGGACGUCGGUGAUCAUGUGGGCCUUGUGGGUCGUAACGGCUCGGGCAAAUCAACGCUUCUUAAAUUGAUUCGAAAAGAGCUUGCGCCAACGCGGGGGCUGGUCGAAAUUGAUCGACACGCCUCCAUGGGUGUGUUCGAGCAGCAACACGUGGAUGCUUUGGAUUUGACGCAGACGCCACUGGGCUACCUCGCCGAGUGUUUUCCAGAUGAGAAAGAACAAGAGCUGCGAAAUCAUCUGGGAGCCUUUGGCUUGGCCAAGCGCUCACAACUACCCCUGCACUUAUGCUCUGGGGGUCAGCGCUCGCGGCUCGUGCUCGCCAAACUGUUCUUGGAAGCGCCGGCCCUUCUCAUUCUCGACGAGCCGACGAAUCAUUUGGACUUUGAUGCCAUUGAUGCUCUGGCAGAAGUGCUAGCAGCGUAUGCGGGCACGGUCAUUGUGGCGUCGCACGACCGUGCCUUUUUGCAGACGGUGGCCUCCUCGAUCUUCCGCUUGUCAAAAGGCACCCUGUCACGC